AUGAUGAAGUUCUCGUGCUUUCCGACUCCUAGUAUUUUGGGACAGAGAGGGAGCAUCAAUUUGCCUUCUCUGUCCGGAGCAGGAGCUUCACCGCCAUCACCGUCGCAGGUUAAUGCAACGGCACGGGGAGCGGCCACAGUUAUGAGCUACAAGCGCUCCGACGAACCGGAAGCGAGCAGUAGCGUCAUACAGCCGCUUCCCAAAAUUGUCGUACAACCAAGCCCACCGAAACCACCGAAGCGAGCUGCACCUCAACCACCGACGAGAUCUGACGUCGUCGACCGAGGCAAUGAAAGAAAGGAGGGUGUGAUUGGAAAAACAUCGGCACCAGUGACGGGACCGAUUCCAGUUUACAACAAAGACCCCAAGUCUCGGGAGCAGAUAAAAAACGCAAUUCUCAAUAAUAAUUUCCUUGGUAAUCUGGACGAGGCACAGGUCGAGGAUCUUGUUUCAGCCAUGCAUCCGAAACUUGUGCCACCUGGGACGCUGGUGAUCCGGCAAGGCGAUAUCGGUUCUCACCUCUACGUUUCCGCGGAGGGAGAAUUCAACAUCUUUGAGGGUGAAGUCCUGCAGAGUACCUUCGGUCCUGGAGUGGCUUUCGGAGAGCUGGCGCUGCUCUACAACACGAAGAGACUUCGCUCGAUUCAAGUGAAGAGCGGAGGCAAGGUCUGGAUCCUUGAUCGGGGAGUCUUCCGCACGGUGAUGAUGAGGAGCGUGCAGGACAGGCUGCAAUCCAACAUACGAUUCCUCAGGCGGAUAACGAUAUUCCAGAGUCUACCAGAACCGAAGGACCAUGUCCUCGCGAAGAUCUCGGACCUACUACGAGUGGAAUUCUUUCCGGCCGGAACUCGGAUCGUUCGACAAGGCGAGGAGGGUCACAAAUUCUACAUAAUUCGUGGCGGAACCGUAAAAAUUACGAAGGAUACCCUCUACGGCGGAGAGGAACAAAUGGUGUUGCUUGAUCGCGGAAAGUACUUUGGUGAAAAGGCCCUACUCAACGAGGGAGAAAACCGGCGUCAAGCCAACGCGAUCGCCAUGCCGCCAGGAGCCGAGUGUCUCACUCUUGACAGACAAUCUUUCCUCAACUACCUUGGAGCUCUCGAGGAGAUACGAACCAAGGACUGGAUGGCCGAGUACGACAAGCAGAAGAAGUCGCUGACCAUGCAGACGUGGAUCAGCGAGUACGCGAACCUGAAACUGUCGGAUCUGGAAUGUAGGGCGACGCUGGGGGUCGGUGGAUUCGGAAGGGUGGAGCUCGUUGUUCCGAAAUCCAUGCCGGAUAAGAGUUUUGCAUUGAAAUUACUGAAGAAGAAAACAAUGGUCGACCAGCAGCAGCAGGAGCAUGUCCUUAACGAGAAGUGGAUCAUGCAGGCAUGCUCAUCGCCGUUCAUCUGCAAACUGUACCAGACCUACAAGGACAGAAAGUAUGUAUAUUUCCUGAUGGAGGUUUGCCUUGGUGGUGACGUCUGGACCACUCUUCAACAGAAACGAUUUUUCAACGACCCCACAUCCCAAUUCAUGGUCGGCUGCGUAGUGGAGGCCCUGGACCACCUCCACUCUCUAAACAUCGUCUACCGCGAUCUCAAACCGGAAAACCUGAUGCUGGACUCCCGAGGAUACCUAAAACUAGUCGACUUCGGGUUUAGCAAAAAGAUUGGCCCCGACAAGACCUGGACUUUUGCCGGAACACCGGAGUACGUCGCUCCAGAGAUAAUUCUGAACAAAGGACACGACAGGGCGGUUGAUUACUGGGCAUUGGGUAUUCUUACACACGAGUUGCUGGUUGGCAAACCACCGUUCAGGGACCACGACCACAUGUCGACGUACAACAAGAUCCUGAAGGGAAUCGAUGCCGUUAGCAUACCGAACAUCGUCAACAAAUCUGCGAAUAAUUUUAUAAGGAAACUUCUCCGCCAGAGCCCUUCAGAGCGAUUGGGAUAUCAGCGUGCCGGUGUCCAAGAAAUCCGCGAUCAUAAGUGGUUUGGCGGGUUCAACUGGGAAGCUCUUCGUGAGCAGAGCAUGUCUGCGCCUAUAAUUCCUGAGGUACGGAGUCACAUAGAUACGAAAAACUUUGGAAAGUAUCCAGCAGAUACUGACCUUCCGCCAGACGAAUUCUCUGGCUGGGAUCAAGAUUUCUAA